AUGAUCAGUGUAAGCUUUACACCGGGUCUGAUUUCAGUUGUUUACAGUGAAUAAGGUGUGGAGUAAUUGUGUAAACAAGCUUGGCUUCUGUCACUGGCUGAGGUCAUCGAAUGUAUUGUCACCGAACGUUCGGAUUAUUUGUAGUUUGUGGAGAAAAGACACAGGAUGGAGUUUGAUGCACACAGGAACACAACCGACUCAGACGAAUCUGUGUAUGGCAGUGCGGAUGAGCUUCCGUCUGAUAUCGACGUGUCUGAUGCUGAAGAUAAUGACCAUCAAAGUUCAGAUAACACAAGCGUGCCAAACGGAAACAGGAAGGUGCCAGCAGGAGAAAGAUCUCUGGAAGACGUGAACAGGCAAAUCUUUGAAUUAUUUGCCAAGCCAUACUUGGAUCGUCAAACGGAUUCACAGGACGCUUUACUGGAUAUAAUGGAAAACAUAAUUACAUUUAGUGUACAAAUGCUUGGAGAAAGAGUGAAAAUAUAUGCCGAAAAAGCGUAUCAUCUGAGUAAAGAUGGUUCAGUCCAUGGGACGGACAUAAAAAACAUGCUCCGGUUUCAUGAAGACUUUCUUAUGCAGGGAUUCAGACAAAUGGAUGUUCAGGUUCCUCGUCAGCUUGAAGCCCCGUCACUCUAUUAUGGUGGGCUUGGUAACUCGUUGUACGAUCGUGUGGCCAAUCGUAUUUUCCCCUUACUUGCUCAACGGUUUCAAGAAUAUUUCUACAAUUUCAAGGAAAGCCCAGACUUCAAAAAUGCUGUUUAUGUGUCAUUCUCUUCAGAAUCAAGAAAUGAGUUCUCUCUCAGGCAACUCGGUCUCCAACCUUCUUUCACAAGGUUCAACAUAUCCCGCUUCACUGUUCCUCCACCCCCGCCAGGAACAACCUUACCGAUACCAAGGGAAAUGUCAACAGUUGGUUAUCGUCAACCAUACAUGUUUGGAACGUUUAUGGGUACCUCACAGCAAGGGAUGCCACCUGUUGGAUCACUACAGUAUCCAAUGGCACUUCCUGGUCCACCACCACUAAUAAGGUCACAGCUGCAUGCACCAUCUACCUUCAGUUAUUCAGUGCCACCACCACCACAACCACCAGUGCAGUAUCUACCGAUUCCUGGACCAAACUGGAACACCGCGGUUUCACGAACAAAUGAUCCUGUUUUUGAACAACCUGCACAAACAGCGGAGGAAAAAGCUAAGCCAACAUUCGAAACCAUAAAAGAAGAGCCAAAUGAGGACUUGAGUGUUGAUCUUCAAGCUGAGUCAGCUGAAAUGAGAUUCCAGAAUUUAGGAAACAGACUCUACCCAAAGGUGAAGGACAUGACAUCUGCAAACCCAGGGAAAAUAACAGGAAUGCUUUUAGAACUUGAAACCAAGAUGAUUGAAAAACUGAUAACAUCACCAGACGAACUCAAGCUAAAAGUUGAGGAAGCUGAAGACAUUUUACAGAAACAUCUUGACAAGGACAAGACCCAGUGAUAUCAACCUAUAUCUUCUAUACAUCAUAUUACAUCCUGUGUUUUAGAAUGCACUGCAGACAGUCAAAGCAUUUGAAAUCUUACCAUCUAGGAUGAAGAAAUGGCAUGUGUGCUUCUUGAAAGGACUGGCGAUUGACCAAAACAAAUCAGGCCACUGAUCUUAGAAAGACUUGAAAGUCCAUGCUAACACGUAACUUUCUUCAAAUGCUGAGAUGGUACCAUCAUCAUGGUAUAUAAAAUAACUACCAAAGAUCUGGAUGGAUCUGAUGGAACACCUGGACUAGUCAUUGAACAAUGAUACUGCAAUCACUUCCACUAGAGAUGGUUUGUCAGAAGGUCUCAGGUCUGCUUAGUUAUGUCCAACCCUGUACCAGUGUCUCGGACAGAUCACAGCAGGUCAGCAUAAUGGAGGAAAGGCUAAGUGACCAGGUGCUGAUCAACCCAGUACGACAAACCACAAGCUACAGAGACUGCAUAAAGUUGAUUUGACUUCAUCCUGAUCAAAACAUUAUUCUCAACCGAACUCAUUUGAAACAUUCCUGGCAAAAUUCAAUUCCACACCAUACAAACCCCACUGUGUUGAACUGUGUUGAACUCCGUCGGGACCAAGGUGAAAGUUCGACUUAUCCGAGUGUUCAACACAUCCGUUAGCAUAGAAAUGACCAAGUACCAACAUAACCAAAGUGCUUACAGCAUCAUUGUUCUACACUAGGCUAUACAUAUGAACAAUACAUCUUUGCAAUAAACGUUUACUGCAGUACUGAUCAUUAAAUUAAAAUAUAACAUGAG